UUUCGAUGAGCGAAAAGUCCCGACAUUCCGUCGCCAGCAGUGUUUCAUUUUUUCCACUGAAUUAUUUUCAUCCGUUCAAAGCAUUUGUAUGAACUCUGGCCUCUGUUAAUUUCUACUUAUAGUAUACAACGGCAGAUUCCUGUGACACUGUGAGAUGUCUUCUCCAAUCAGUAGCCUCAACAGUUUGUUUUCCUUUACAAGCCCUGCUGUCAAACGCUUGUUAGGCUGGAAACAAGGGGAUGAGGAAGAAAAAUGGGCUGAAAAAGCUGUUGACUCUUUGGUCAAAAAAUUGAAAAAGAAGAAAGGGGCUCUUGAGGAUUUAGAAAAAGCAUUAAGCAACCCAGGAGUUCCUAGCAAAUGUGUAACGUUGCCAAGAUCUCUUGAUGGUCGACUGCAAGUUUCUCAUCGCAAAGGAUUACCACAUGUUAUUUAUUGUCGAGUUUGGAGAUGGCCUGAUCUUCAAAGUCAUCACGAGUUGAAGGCACUUGAUUGCUGUGAAUUUCCUUAUUCUUCAAAGCAAAAAGAAGUCUGCAUUAAUCCUUAUCAUUAUCAAAGAGUAGAAAGUCCAGUUCUUCCACCAGUUUUGGUACCAAGAUACAGCGAGUACCCUUCAGGGAUGACAUCCUUCUCUCAGAUCAAUGAACCAGUUCUUCCUUUUAAUGUCAGCUAUCCACAUGGAUUUCACCAAUCGUCUAGUGGAUCUGGACCAUCAAGUCCUUUUGGUCUGCCUGCUGAUAGUCCUCCUCCACCGUAUAGAGUUCACAGUUCAGUUAGUCCACAUUUGGGUGCAGGGGGAGACAGCAUGGCUCCUCAACAUUCUGCAAUGGAAUCAUCCAUCUCUGGACAAGUACCUUCAAACAACAUGCCUGGUAGAUAUCCAGCAUCAUCAUCCAUCCCUAAACAUUCAUCCAAGUACCAUGGCAAUGAUGUGCAGGCCGUAAACUAUCAGGAGCCAGACAACUGGUGCUCCAUUGCAUACUAUGAGUUGAACAACCGUGUUGGUGACAUCUUUUAUGCUUCAGCUCCCAGCAUCAUUGUUGAUGGCUACACAGAUCCAUCAAAUAAUGCAAGUCGUUUCUGCUUGGGGCUCUUGUCAAAUGUCAACAGAAAUUCAACUAUUGAGAAUACGAGGCGGCACAUAGGCAAAGGAUUGCAUCUGUACUAUGUUGGAGGAGAAGUAUUUGCUGAAUGUUUGUCAGAGAGCAGUGUGUUUGUACAAAGUCGCAACUGCAACUGUCACCACGGAUUUCAUCCAACAACUGUGUGCAAGAUUCCGCCAGGGUGCAGUUUGAAGAUUUUCAAUAAUCAAGAAUUCGCUCAGAUGUUGAGUCAAUCGGUUGGCCUUGGUUAUGAGGCUGUUUUUGAGCUCACAAAGAUGUGCACCAUUCGUCUGAGUUUUGUGAAGGGUUGGGGAGCUGAAUACCAUCGCCAAGAUGUCACCAGUACUCCCUGCUGGAUUGAGAUUCACCUCAAUGGUCCACUUCAAUGGUUGGAUAAGGUGUUAACCCAAAUGGGGUCACCUCACAAUCCUAUUUCAUCAGUUUCGUGAGCAAUCCUGAACUGCUAACCGUCAUAG